ACAGGGGUAUCGGCCCCCGCAAUUGCCGCCCUCAUCUUCGCCACCCAAACAUCAACACGGGCUUGAUAAGGCCUGUCGCAUCCCGCGAGUCCCUGCAUAUUAUCCUUCCUGCGGCUAUAACUUUUGUUUUGCAAAGUACAGCGAAUAAACAUGCCCAAGUUCUUUAAGCGCAUCUUCAGCGAUGCUUUGUUCCGGAAAGAGCCGGACGUCAGCGACAUGCAGCGAUCGCGGCGCGUGCUGGUGAGGAGCUCAGGAGGCAUGCCAGAGGAACAGACGAACUGGAGAACAUCGUUUUUCGAUAUUCAGGUUCAGGACGAGGAGCGUCGUGCGUUGAGGGAUGGGGCAAGUGUAGCCGGUAGCGACAUGCACGCCGCCGAACGACCUAUUCUAGCACCGAACCACGAUCAAAUACCAGCGCGCAAGCCGAGUCGCGCUCGGAGAAGGCUCAGCAAGAGGCAUCGAAGGCCCGCUUGAAACGGGUUUGGAGGCCCUCGCAGCGUCAAUACGACCACAUGCUGGCAUGAUGGAAGUACGAUAGCAUAGUGCUAAAACGAGACACGUAACCCUGCACGAGCGGCAUCCUCCAAUGCGAUGGAUUAUGCCAUGAUCGAAAUGGCUACGAUAGUAGCAUCCCUGGCGCAGCCGCAGCCUGGCAGGGCAGCUACGCACGGCGGUGAAGGCAAAUGGAGGGAUUUCCAUAUCACACUAUUCUAGAUGAACUCGUCCGCGUUCAUCGUUUAUCUGGGAUAUCAGUUGUUUACUCGCAACGACAGCCUCCUUAGGAUAAGACGAAGGAUCAGAAGAA